GCAAACGCCAAUGUCCGUCACUACGGGACGUCAGACGAGGAGGGAGAACGUUAACAAAGAUAACGCCGUUAACGUCAUCGUCUUGUUGAUACUAUCGAUUCUCGCCUCGGUGGUCAUGACGCUGAAAGGAUCGUCCUCCGGCGCCGGAAGCCAAGCGUGCGCCGUCUGCAAGUACCAACGCCGUCGCUGCAAAAAGGACUGCCUCCUCGCGCCAUAUUUUCCGGCGGAUCAGCCCAAAGUCUUCCAAAACGCUCACCGUCUCUUUGGCGUCUCCAAUAUCCAGAAGAUCCUCAAGGACGUCCCUCCCGAUCAACGUGAAGAGGCCGUCAAAUCCAUCAAAUACGAAUCUUUUAUCCGCUCUAGAUUCCCCGUCCACGGCUGCUGCGAAGUCAUCUGGCAUCUCAGGUAUCAGCUCCACCAUGCAACCGAGCAGCUCCGCCACAUCCACGGCCGGAUCGCAUCUCUCAAGGCCGACCAAUUCCGCGGCCAAACCUCUGAGAAACCGAACGAUCCUAUGCCAUAUCCGGACAAUUACUUAGCCGACGACAAUGCCUUCCCCUACAUGCCGAAUGAGUACAACGGCAAUUUCGAACCGGCGCUAGACAUGAAGCCGUUCGAUAUCAAAGCUCAUGAACACCACCACGUCAUGCAGUUACCUCACUACAACAAUUUCUACGAUCAUAACCAGAUCGAAAAUAAUAGUAACUAUAACGGAAAUAAUGAUUGUAUUGUUGAUGACAACAAUAACAAUACAAUAAUAAAUAAUCACCCCCUUAGUUUACAACAAAAUACUUUUGUUCAACACGAAAUCGAUGACACUCACGAUUACGAUGAGAUGUCAUUUGAUCCACUCGCAGAUGAUCGACAUUUGGCUUCCAAAGAAACUUGCGAGUCAAGUGCCGAAUCAUCAUGUUUCAACUUAACGACUAUGGAGCAAACGGAAGACAUAAGAACCUUUUUUUAACCUUUUUUUUUAUUUGCAACACAUUUAUUUGUUUACAAAUUUUUUUGAAAAAGAUGCCAAAACCGUAUCUUUACUAUUUCUCACGAAGACCGAUAGAAUUAGGUAUUUAUUCACAAUUUUUGUAUGUAAAUAAUUAUUUUGUUGCGGAAAAAUUACUUUG